AUGGAGAGAUGCCGGGGGCUGGACACAGCCAAUGGCUCCAAGGAUGGCUUGGAUUUCAACCCCAUGAAGGAUUAUAUGGUCCUGAGCGACUCCCAGAGGGUCGCUGUGGCGGUGCUGUGCAUUUCUCUGGGCCUGCUGAGCAUUCUGGAGAACCUGGCUGUGCUCUACCUGGUCCUGUCCUCGCACCGGCUCCGCAGAAAGCCGUCCUACCUGUUCAUUGGCAGUUUGGCUGGGGCUGACUUCCUGGCCAGUGUGGUCUUUGUCUGCAGCUUUGUCAAUUUCCACGUCUUCCACGGUGUGGAUCCCAAGGCUAUCUUCCUGCUGAAGAUCGGGAGCGUGACCAUGACCUUCACAGCCUCCGUGGGCAGCCUCUUGCUGACUGCCAUUGACCGCUUCCUCUGUCUGCGCUACCCAACUGCCUACAAAGCCCUGCUCACCCGAGGAAGGGCGCUGGUGGCCCUGGCCAUCAUGUGGGUCAUCUCGGCAUUGGUCUCCUAUCUGCCCCUCAUGGGAUGGACUUGCUGUCCAAGUACCUGCUCGGAGCUUUUUCCCCUCAUCCCCAACAACUAUCUGCUGGGCUGGCUCCUGUUCAUCGCCUUCCUCUUCUCUGGCAUCAUCUACACCUACGGGCACGUCCUCUGGAAGGCCCAUCAGCAUGUAAACAGCUUGACUGUGCACCAGGACAGGCAGAUGCCAGGAAUGGCCCGGAUGAGACUGGACGUGAGAUUGGCUAAGACCCUGGGGGUGUUGCUGGCCGUGCUCUUCCUGUGCUGGUCCCCGGUCCUGGCCCUCAUGGUCUGCAGUCUGGCCAUCACUCUAAGUGACCAGGUCAAGAAGGUCUUUGCCUUCUGCUCCAUGCUGUGCCUCGUCAACUCCAUGGUCAACCCCAUCAUCUAUGCCCUGCGCAGUGGGGAGAUCCGUUCCUCUGCCCAGCACUGCCUGGCCCGCUGGAAAAAUCACCUGAGGGGCCUUGGGCUUGAAGGAAAAGAAGAGAUCCCGAAGUCCUCAAUCACCGAGACAGAGGCUGAUGUGAAGAACACUCAGUGA